AUGGGACUCUUGUCUGAACUGUCUUCAACCACGCUCUAUCUCCAGGCAAUAUUUCUAAUCGUUUUUGGUCAAAUCACUCGUCUCAUUCGACGGUGGUAUCGUCUGCGCCAUAUUCCUGGCCCUACUGGCGCAGGGUGGUCAUCAUGGUGGCAGCUCCGAGGAGCACUCAGCGGUCGCUAUCAUGAGCAUCUGAAGGACGCUGCAGAUCAAUUCGGCCCUCUGGUUCGCAUCGGCCCCAACGAGCUUCUCUCCACAGACCCUGUCGUGCUUCGUAGCAUGUCCGCCGUGAGAAGCACUUACACGAAAGGGGACUUUUACUCUAGCGGGAGGAUAAUUCCAAAGGUUGACAAUGUUGUAUCGGAGAGAGAUGAAGCCAAACAUAAAGCCAUGAGAGCAAAGAUGGCCCCGGGGUAUUCCAACACGGAUGAUGAGGGCUUCGGAUUUGAGGCGGGUAUCGAUCGCCAGUUACUCAACUUUAUUCGUCUCAUUGAUCGCAAGUAUUUGUCGACGACUAACAAAUCACGACCCGUGGACUUUGCAGAGAAGAGUCAGUUCUUUGCUCUAGAUGUCAUUGGCGAUGUGUCGUUCGGGGAACCAUUCGGAUAUCUGUCAAAAGAUGAGGACCUUUACAACUAUAACGAGAUCAAUGCUAGCUCGCUUCCGGUCAUGAACAUAGUAUCCGUCUAUCCCUGGCUGGGUAUGAUAGUCCAUCGCUGGCCUUUGAGCUUGUUGUUGCCAAAGGAGGAGGAUCAGAUUGGGUUCGGACGCCUUAUGGGGUUCGCAACUCAGAUCGUACGUGGCAGGCUUUUGGACGGCGCUGGACAGAUGAAAGAUAUGAUGCAAGCUCAUAUUAACAGCGGCAUGAACGAAGAGGAACUCGUCCAGCAAGCCUUCAUCUCCAUCAUCGCUGGCUCAAAUACUUCUGCACAUGCCCUGCGUAUGAUCAUCCUUUCCCUCAUAACAAACCCAACAGCAUACGCUGCGCUCAUCGCCGAGAUCCGCAAGGCCGCUUCAUCAGUCAAUACGCCUAUAUCCUGGGCCCAAACUCAAACUUUACCCUAUCUACAAGCCGUUGUCCGCGAAGGUCUACGUAUGUGGCCUCCCGUCGCCGGUCUUGGCUUUAAACAAGUACCACCAGAGGGCGAUACUAUCAAUGGCUUCUUUGUUCCAGGCGGGACGCAAGUCGGCCAGGGAUUUUACGCUGUUGGCCGAUCUCGUCUUGUCUGGGGCGAAGAUGCGGAUGUUUUCCGUCCUGAAAGGUGGCUGCUUGCAGAGGGGGACAGGUUGAGAAAUAUGAUAGCAGCGUUUGACACGCAUUUCGGCCAUGGCAAAUAUUCAUGCUUGGGGAAACCGAUUGCACUCAUGGAGAUUCACAAGGCUGUUUUUGAGUUGAUCAAACGCUACGACUUUGCGGUGUUGAACGCAGAGAGGCCGAUAAGAGUGCAAACCUCGGUGUUUCUCUUCGCCUCGGACUUCUGGGUCAAGAUCACUAGACGUGAGGAAGACGAGUAG